AUGAAUUCUUUGUUCGUUUCUUUCGCUGACCUUAAAGCUGGUCGACUUGACCAACAAAUCGUAGAUGGACAAUUCGCCCUUUCCGGUAGCUGGGACGGUGAGCUCCGUCUUUGGGAUCUAGCUGAUGGUGUCUCCACUCGUCGAUUCGUCGGACACACCAAGGAUGUGCUCUCCGUCGCCUUCUCCCUUGACAACCGUCAGAUCGUCUCUGCAUCUCGUGACCGUACGAUCAAGCUGUGGAACACUCUAGGUGAGUGCAAGUACACGAUCUCAGAAGGAGGUGGUGACGGACACCGUGAUUGGGUUAGCUGCGUCAGAUUCAGUCCUAACACACUUCAGCCGACGAUUGUGUCAGCCUCGUGGGACAAAACGGUGAAAGUGUGGAACCUCUCGAACUGCAAGCUCAGAUCGACACUUGCUGGUCACACUGGAUACGUGAGCACUGUUGCCGUGUCACCUGAUGGUUCACUCUGUGCAAGUGGAGGCAAAGACGGUGUUGUUUUGCUGUGGGAUUUGGCUGAGGGGAAGAAGCUUUACUCUUUUGAAGCUAACUCUGUGAUCCAUGCCCUUUGCUUCAGUCCCAACAGGUACUGGCUCUGUGCUGCAACUGAACAAGGUAUUAAGAUUUGGGACCUGGAGAGCAAGACCAUUGUUGAGGAUUUGAAGGUUGAUCUCAAGGCUGAGGCCGAGAAGGCUGACAACAGUGGCCCUGCUGCCACCAAGAGGAAGGUACACACAUACUAACAAACUAACUCAUGACUUGAUUUCGAGUUUCACUUUGGUUUUGAUAGAAUGCUCUGUUGUUGUUUGUAAUGUUGGUUAUGUCUGAUGAUUAAGUAGUAAUCAAGGUCUGUUGUAGGAAAUGAGGAAGUUCAUUGAAAAGAUUGUAAUGGAUUGAUUUAUUAUUAAUCUAGGUCUGUAAUUCUGGUUGUU